ACGACAGAAAGACUCUACAAUCGAUGUGACAGAGGAUGGCUACAGCAGUUGUGAAUUGACUUGAACUACGCGACAAUCCGAUUCCCUUUAAUUCUCUCUUUUUGGCUUUCUGGAGACUGCGCUUCGACUAUGGCCGAUUAUUCACAAUGGAAGGUCACCGAUCUAAAGGCGGAGUUGAAGCGACGCGGUAUUCCGCAGACUGGCCUGAGAUUGAAGCAGAAUUUCGUCGACCGACUGAUUGAGGACGAUGCAAAUUCCGGACCGGGUGGUGUAGAGGAGGCCCAGGCGAAGAGCGAUGACCAAGCCGAACCGAAGACGAGCGAUGCGCCCGAUGGAGAAGGAGCUCAGACCGAUAGUCAGGAAGCUGCGCCGGAAGGUGUCGUCGCUAAGGAACCGAGACAAACAGAGGAGGAUGUGACGGGAAAGCCCGAGGACAAUGAUCAAAAGGAGGAGGAGGAGGAGGCAUCCGAGCAUCCGCCGGAUAAGACAGCUGCGUCGCCGGUGCAAGAGAAGGAGGUUGAACCUGCUGGACCGGAAAUGCCUCCUGCAGCCGCAGAGCCAGUCACUGAAGCCCCCAAGGCUACUGAGGAUUCUGCGAUUGCCGACGUCCAGCCAGAGACGGCUGAUGGGGGGGAAUCGCGUGCUGAAGAGGCCGGGAGGACAGGUACACAGGUUUCAGAAACCAAUACUGGACUGUCAACACCGCUGCCAAUGGAAGAAGUGCUUGAAGACGCUCGCAAGCGGAAACGCCGCAGUCCAAGUCCUGUUCCAACACCACGGACUCUUGCGAUCAAGAGAGCUAGGAUUGAAGAAAAGGACGAGGAUCCUCAAGUAAACUUGAAGGAAGAUGCUAGCGUCGAGGAGACCUUUCCAGUGGAGGAUGCUCAGCCAACCUCCGAGCCUCGGGAAAAGGAGGCCUCUGAGGAACGGGACGUCCCGAGACGACCCUCGGUUACAGAAGAUGCGCGCUUAAAGAAACAGGAUGCACGGUUCAAGGGUCUUUUUGCUGCAACAGAGCGAGAGCCGACACGUCCUACAUCUCCGCCGGCGGAUGCGGGAACGGGCGAUGCAGAGGUGGAGGCAGCGCUGCAUGUGGCAACAGCAGCGCUCUAUAUCGAUGGCUUGAUGCGGCCCCUCCAACCCAAUGGUCUCCGAAACCAUCUGGUCAAUCUCGCGUCCGCACCGGGAACCUCGCCGAACCCAGACGUGAUUCUGCAUUUCUACCUAGACCAGAUCAAAACCCACUGCUUUGCCACCUUUGCCAGCGUUUCGGCCGCCUCGCGCGUCCGGUCUGCUCUACAUGGGACCGUCUGGCCGAAUGAACGCAACCGAAAAGUCCUCUUUGCCGAUUUUGUUCCAGAGACGCAGGCACAGAAAUGGGUCGAUACCGAGGAGCAAGCCCAACGGCGCGGCGGGUCGCUCCUGCGUUGGAUCGUCAAGUACGAGCCCACGGAUCAUGGCGUCGAAGCCGUUCACCAGGAAGUCGAUGCCAGAGCCGCGGCAGGGAUCAAUCAACCGCGCAAUCGAGACCAGUUAGCAGCCCCUCUCGCACCUCCCACUGGACCUCGGGGCAGCAUCAGCCAGCGAGACCGCCGACCGAGUACCCUGCCAGCGCCCAGCGAGCCCUCUUCGCGGCCAGGACAAGGCUUCAAAGCGCUGGACGAUCUAUUCUCCUACACCAAAACCAAGCCUAAGCUAUACUACCUCCCGGUGGCCCGCGAGGUGGCCGACCGGCGACUGGAUCGGUUCGACGAACUUGUACGUAAGGGGUCGUUCCCCCGCCAUGGAGGCGAUGAGAUGCGACGGAUCUCUUUCGAGGACACCGAUCAGUUUGUGGACAAUGGACCUGAAUACCCUGAUUUCGGCCAGCGCAACCGCCCUCGCCGACGCGGUCGUGGUGGUGGUGGUCUAGGAAGCUCGUGGCGAGGUCGAGACUGAGAUACGUCAAUGACCAACCAAAAAUCACGCUUCUUUUGUAUUUCUAUGGUGUCCUUACAGAAUAGUUCUCUAUCAAAAUCUAUAGUCUCGACGCGUGGCCUGUCUUGUCUCCGCCUCGGCCUGUUUUACGCGGCCUAUGGCUUAACAGUAGCACCUAGGUAGGUAACUAACUACUAGGUAGGUACCUAAAUAAAUAAUUAACCAGUUAAUAACCA